AUGGUUGAUACAAAUCGAAUUCUGCUGAAUAACAUUGGAGAUUCAUCCGAUGAUUAUUGGUGUCUUGAUCGUUAUGAACAGUUUUCAAUGUCCAAUCUUUCGAUGAAUAGCGAUGGCGAUAAUUCAUCGAACGAUGCUUUGGGCGAUAAGUUAUUCCACCGUAAUGAAAUCAUAAUGAAUCCCAAAGCGUCUAACCCAGGCAUGGAAUAUGUUUAUUGCGAUGAUCGAGUUACAAUUAAAGCAAAUUAUGAACGGAUACAUACUCUUUUGCGUUUAAUUCUUUCUAAAAGCCAUUUGGAAUCAUCAAAUCGCACACUUCUUGAGAAAGCGGUUCUUGGAUUUAGUAUCAAACACGAUUUUUGGAUUGAAAAGUUACAUACCGAUACUUUGAUUGAAAUUGCUUCGCACAAUCAGAAUUCCAUUAUUUCAUUUGCUAAUUUACUCGCUAUAAUAGCACAUUGUUGUGAUUCGCCAAUAAAAUAUUUGUUACCGCCUAGAAUUGUUAUAGGAAAAGUUCGAAAAUAUCAUGAAAGUGAGAUAUUUGUUUCAGUUGUUUUCAGUAUGGAAUUUUUCAAAUUUGACGGUUUCGGAACUUAG